CCGCUGAGCUAUAAAAGAUCGGGCCGAUCGUCAGUGGGGCAUCAGUAUCACAGUCGUACCGAAAACCAAAACAAAAUCAAUAUGAAAUUCUUCCAAGCCGCUGCCCUGCUCCUGGCCAUGCUCGCCGCCCUGGCCAACGCGGAGCCCGUUCCCAAGCCUGGAACUGUGCUGGUCCAGACGGACAAUGUCCAGUACAUUCGCACCGGCUAGAACAUCCCGAGUUACCGUACAAGGACUACAAAUGUUUGUGUUGACCGACGGAGUUGAUUUUCAUGAAUAAAAACGGAUUGCCAAGGAAAUGAGAAAAUAAAUAUGCUUGUCAAAAGGAA